AUGGCAAUUACAGAGUGGAAAAACAAAACAAUCAUCACAGAAUUUAUUCUUUUAGGAUUCGAAACAUCCCCUCAAUUUCAGAUUCUUCUCUUCCUGGUGUUUCUUUCAACUUACAUUAUUACCAUGGCUGGGAACAUCCUAUUAGUUGUACUAGUUGUUGCUGAUCGGCACCUUCACCGACCCAUGUACUACUUCCUAGGGAAUCUCUCUUGCUUGGAGAUCUUCUACAGUUCCACCAUUUUACUUAGGAUGUUGGCCAGCCUCAUAACUGGAGAUAAAAGACUUUCUGUUAGUGGCUGUAUUGUACAGUUUUACUUCAUUGCUUCACUGGUAUGUACUGAAUGCUAUUUGUUAUCUGUAAUGUCUUAUGAUCGCUACAUAGCCAUAUGCAAGCCUCUUCAUUAUGCAGUCCUUAUGCAGGAUGGACUUUGCUGCCAGCUAGCAAGUCUGUCUUGGGUAAGCGGAUUUUUAGCCAUUGCUAUCAUCAUCGCCUUAAUGCUUCAAAUUACGUUCUGUGGACCUAAUGAAAUCGAUAGCUUUUUCUGUGAUUUUGAACCGCUUCUCAGUCUCUCCUGUAGUGACAUAGCUCUGCUGAAGAUUGUGGCUUUGAUAUGCUCCUUCACAUUCUCCAUGAUUCCAUUUGUCUUGACCCUGAUUUCCUAUACUUAUAUUGUCAUCACUGUCUUGAAGAUCCCAUCCACCAGUGGAAGGCAAAAGGCCUUUUCUACUUGCUCUUCUCACCUUAUUGUUGUCAUCUUAUAUUAUGGUACUCUAAUAAUUGUGUAUAUGAUACCAACGUCCCCGUCACUGAAAGAUAUGAACAAAAUUUUCUCUCUGUUUUAUACAGUCCUGACUCCUCUAAUCAACCCCCUCAUAUACAGCUUUCGAAAUAAAGAAGUAAAGGAAUCCUUGCAAAGACUUUUGAGGAAAUAUUUGUCUAUUGUAGGUAAACAGAGAGCCACAAGCUAA